UGAACGCCAAAGCAAAAAAACAUAGCAAGCCACAUUUAGACUGGAGAGACUACCCUAGCUGUAUACCACCAGCUUAUUGAUCAGCUUCGCUGUUAGUCAGGGACUUGUGCAGGUUCUUGAGACCGGGAAACAGUCAACGCAGUAAAGCUUGAGCCACCCAGCUAAAAGGGGGAAUCUACGAGAACAAAGGCGGGAAAGAGACCACAGGAAUAGAGAAACAUCUAGCCCCCACCCCGACGGUGGGCCGAGGGGACAUAAACGCUACGUUGAGCUCACUCCUCCUUCGAUGAGGUUUGAGAUUCCUGCAUUGAGGCCAUGAUCUUCAGCUCCAAGACUCAAAUUCCUUGCCGGAGCUGUGGCCACCGCUUCAAUGGCAAGCUCAAGACGAGUAGGGCCACCUUCAAGAGUGCGUACUGCUCCCGUUGCUACUGUCGUAGCAUGUCGGGCGGGCGUAUGUGCAGAAACCCGCGAGUCUCAGCGCCCCGUGGUCAAUAUGAUCGCUGGAGCUCUUUUGGUGCUGGAGCUCAAAUGGUUGGGGAUAGUCCCUAUUGUGCCGAGCACUUGACUUGCCAUGACCAUAGCAAUGGGCUGCGGUGUAUGAGAUUUGUCAAGAAGAAUGACCCUGACAAAUUUCACUUUUGCGAUGCCCACAGCUGUGCAUCACCGGACUGCAGUUCCCAAAAGGGUAGCGACCACUCAUGUUGCGCGGACCACCGCUGCAGCAAGCAAGGCUGCAGCACCCCACGCCCCGGUCGCAACGUCGGCUGGUGCCCGACGCACACCUGUGAGGUGGAGCACUGCACCAGCGAGUGCGCCGGCGAAGGGCCUCCCCGGAGCGCCGGGCGGCUGUGCGAGCACCACCGCCACUGCAGCGCGAGUAACUGCACGCAGCACUGCCACCGACGUGACAAUGGCGAGUACGCGACCCUCUGCGGCCGGCACUACUGUCGGUUCCCGGGCUGUAGCAAGCAGCAGAUCGGCUUCGCGGGCACUGACGACGCCACCGGCUCCUCGGUGAUGCACGGCAACGCGGGCCCCAACGCCCCCGGCGACCGCGUCGCUGGUUGGCCGGGCUUUUGUCAGGACCACGCCUGCGUGUCGCUGGGAUGUGGCAAUGCCCGUGUGGCCGUCGCUCUGGGCGGGCAGUGGUGCCAUGUGCACGAGUGUGACGUCCUCGGGUGUCGGUACCAGAAGAUCCCUGGCGGUUCCAAGUUCUGCCGGGAGCAUGUCUGUCAGCGGCGACACUGCCCGCGAAAGGCGGACGAGAACGGCGACGGCUUUUGUACAAGGCACCGUGGUUGCGCCGAGGCGGGGUGUAACAGGGACCGUUACGUGGAGGAUGAUGUGGUGAAUGAAAGGUGCGAUAGACACUACUACGUCCCCUGCCACUGGACCAGAUGCGCCGAGAAGCCCGUCCCCGAGAGCGCCUUUUGCGAGGAGCACGUGUGCGCGCACCGAACCUGCCGCGACGGCCGCGUUCCCGGCAGCCCGUCGGUGUACUGCGGUGGCCACACGUGCGCGGCCGAGGGGUGCUACGAGCUGCGGCGGCACGCGACGCUGCCCGACGGGGCCAUGGCCAUCGGCGGCGGGCCAAACGGACACGGCCUGACAUCAUACUGCAGCAACCACUGCUGCCACAGCAGUGACUGCGGCGACCGCUGCGCCGACGGCAAGGUCUACUGCUCGGCGCACAACUGCGCCGUCGACGGUUGCAGGGAAAAGGGCACCGUCAACGUCCCGCCGCAGACAUAUAACGGGCGAAUCAUCUCGAAUAACAAUGCCAAGGUCUGCGAGACGCACUACAUCAGGGAGGACUAUCGUCGGAUCGGACAGAGUGGCAUCGGUAACGGCGGCGGUGGUGGUGGAGGUGGUGGCGAGUACGGCCCUGACAUGCUUGGGCGCUUAUUGGGUCUCGGUGGGAGAGGCGGCAGAGAAAGAGGCGUCCAUAUUAUUGCCGACUCUCCGAACCCUUUUGAUGAGCCUGUCCCAGGAGCCGGGGGCUGGCACUCUCACUGGUAGGUAAAUAUGGUGGGAUUUCGAAUUCAUGGCUUGAAGGGAUGGAAUCAUUUGUAUUUGAGUUGCGGUUUUGUUAUUCCCUGGUUUCGGCAUGCCAAUGAACUUGUU